GAGUAGUUUGGUGUGUUCCUCCGUCCGACCAGCAGCAGCAGCGUUCUGGGGGUGCUCUCGAGCUCCUGGACGGGAGGUGUGCAAUACGAGGGCCUCUGGGAAGGAUUUCCGCGGUGCGCGGCCAGGACGAACGUCCUCCUCCCACACCAACACCCCAGAAGCCUUGAACCUGAAGCUCUCGAACUUCAUUGAAUGAUUGGAAUACACUGAGCAGCCAGAAAAAGUUGAGAAGAUGAAUUUUUCACCCUUCGGAGGACACUUUCCGGGAACCAUUCCCGGAAUUCAUCAGUUUGCAGCGUCAGGGGCUCUUGUCUCCACUUCAACUCCUGACAAUGUGAAUCGGUAUCACUCCAGCAACGUCAACAUCCCGCACUUCAAUCAGCCACACGCGCCGAUUCUGAGCAAGUUCCGGCCAGACGAUGUGAACAACAUGAACAAAUACAAUGGACACACGAACCAGUAUUCGACGCCAUACGCCCAAGACGGGCAAUCGGUGUCGGAUAAGCAGCAGAGAGGGGGAACGUCGUCCAGUGUGUCAUCCUACCCGCAGACGACGUUAUCGGGCUCCGUUGGCCAGCAGCCUCCAGAAAUACCUCAGCAACAAACAGAUGCUAAGCGGGUUCUGCAGAAUGUUAAUCCGAGCUGGCAGUCCUUGACGCCCAGUUCUGCCGUCGCUGACUACCUGUCUCACUUGCCAGCCAGCACGCUGCCACUGAGUCUUCAUCACUUCCUCAAGUACUCAGCCGAGAGCAUCAAGAAGGAGACACAAAAUCCACUCAGUGAACUUCACAUGACACAGUCGCAGAACCUCAAUAAUCUCGGUGCUGGUCUUUUGCCGCCCAACAAUGCCAACCUCAAUCAUCAGACGGCACAGCAUCAACAGCAGAGCCAUCAGCAAACGCAACAGAGCCACCAGCAGACUGCCAACGCCAAUGAUCACACGCAGCAGCAGACCAGCACCACGAACACGACGGGAAGUAAGAAAAAGAAGAAGAAGAAGGCACCCAAACCGCCGAAGGAGAAAAAACCGCGGCCGAAGCCUGGAGAAAUACGCCUGACAACAGCUCUGGAUGGAAGCACGCUGUUCUGCUGUCCGGAGUGCCAAAUGGCGUAUCCAGAGCGUGGAUUGCUGGAGCAACAUUUGGUGGGACACAACUUGGAAAGACGCUUCAUCUGUGACAUCUGCAAUGCAGCGCUGAAGCGCAAGGAUCACCUCACGCGCCACAAGCAGAGCCACAAUCCGGAGCGCCCCUUCGUCUGCACCAUCUGCCUGAAGGCGUUCAAGCGCAAGGAGCAGCUCACGCUGCACUUCGUCAUCCAUUCCGGCGAGAAGAGGCACGUGUGCAAUGAGUGCGGCAAGGGAUUCUACCGCAAGGAUCACCUGCGGAAGCACACGCGCUCGCACAUCGCGCGGCGCGUGAAGGCGGAGCUGAGCCAGCAGAACCAGCCGGCGGCCGGCGCGCCCGCGGUGGUGCCGAACAUGCAGCAGCCCUACAGCCUCGCCAGCCAGCCCAGCGGCCAGCAGACGCCACAGCAAACGGGUCAUCACAACGGGCAGCCAAGCGGACAUCAGCAGUCGCCGUGUUUGUCCUAAAA